AUGUCGGGUAUUGAAUCUGGAGAAGCUUCACAAGCUGAAAAUUCAUUUGAAGUUGAUGAUGUGUUAGAAGAAGAUCCCCAGAUCAAAGAAGGAGAAGAAUCAGUAUGCGAUGUUAUAAUUAAAAUAGAUAGAAAAGAAAAAAAAUGCGCAAAAAGAUUUAAAUAUCUUUCCGGAUGGUCAACAACCAACAUGAAUUCACAUCUUGCAGAUGAACAUGACAUACGUGUCGUUCCUCACAAAGGAGUUAAAAAACUUAAUAUUUGUCGUAAUAUUGCAGAAUGGCUUGUGAUUAACAAUCGAGCAUUUGAAGUUAUCACUGGGGAAGGGUUUCAUAGAUUUAUGUUGCAAGUAGACUCUGCCUUUCGUCGGCCUUCUUAUAAGACAUUAAAAAAAGAAAUAGCCAUUGCAAAUGUAACUGCAAAGAACCAAAUCAAUGAUCUUGUAGCACAAAGUAGUGAAACAAUUUCUCUAACAACUGACCUUUGGACAGCAAGAAAUAAAACAGGAUACAUUGGAAUAACAGCUCAUUGGUUAAGCAACAAGUUUGAAUUAAAUGAAAUCCUACUUUGCUUAGAGUCAAUGCCUGCUACCGAAUAUUUUAGUGCUAGGCAAUAUCCUACUAUAGCAUAUAUUCAUCCAGUAAUAGAGACAAUAAAAGCUCAUUAUGCCAAAAAUAUAGAUCCUGAUGAAUAUGACUAUAAUAAUGAAGUUCUCCAAGAAAUAUUUAAUUUUGAUUCAGAGUCUGAGUCAUCAGAUGAUGAAAAUGAAAGUGACAUAUCCUUUGAUAUUCAAGAAAAUCAGACUGAAAAUGACACUGAAUUAAUU